CGUUUUAUUCGGGGAAUCCCUGCGAUGCGUCAAAGUUUAGAAGUGAAGAGAAUAUGACAGAUAUCGAUUUUUACGAUUAUCGAUUAUUCCCCAUUUGUUAUCAAGGGCAAACAAACAUCAAUAAGGUUAUGUUAUAAAUCUAUAAUUAAAAAGCGUGCAAAGUGAACCGGCGCGGCGGUGAAGUGUCAAGGAAUCAAACACAAACAGUAAAUUUUAUUUUCUAUUUCAUUGUUCCUAUUUUAUUUUCAAUUUUUGUUUGUGAUCUGAUCUGAACAUCUGAAGUCAGUGGCGGAUACAAGGGGGGGGUCACAGGGGUCAUGACCCCUCCCAAACACGAAAAUAAAUAUCAAUCGAAUAAACCUAAAAAAAUAGAAAAAUCGAGAGCUGUCAAACACUGUUUUGGAUUACCGCGACAACGAAUAUUUUAGUAUGCUACAAUAAGAAGUACAAAAGUAGAUGGCUCUACUAAUAAUAAUUAUUCCAAAUAAGCAACAAUGUAAUUUACAAUUUACUUUCGUUCUUCAUAUUUUGCACAGUAAAAUAUUCGUUGUCGAGAUAAUCCAAAACAGUCGUAUAUUCGUGGAAUAUCUAUUAAGUUUAAAAUCUAAUCUCCCAAAGAUGUCACAGAUGUUCUGCAGAUAUAUUGAACAUUCAGGUUAUCUGCAAGAGGAAAACAAAGUGGAAAUUAAGGAGACUCAAAUUGAACAUUCAUUAUCCAAAGGAAAUUAUAUCAGUCAACAUGCUGAGGAAAAAACGUUAAAGAAAAAUUUGAAAGUUGCGACUCAAAAGAGAUCUUACAAGUGCGAAAUUUGUUUUAAACAGUUUAUUAAUGCAAGUGAAUUGAAAAGACAUUUAAGAAUGCACACUCGAAAAAAAAAUUAUAAGUGUGAAAUCUGUUUAAAGGAGUAUACUACAAGAAAAUAUUUAAAAGAACAUUUGGGAACACACAGUAGAAAAAAUCCUUACAAUUGUGAAAUUUGUUUUAAGCAAUUGUCUUCCAGAGGUAAUUUGACACAACAUUUAAAAACACACACUGGAGUAAAGCCUCAUCAUUGUGACAUUUGCUUAAAACAGUUUAUUACUACAGCUCAUUUGAACAGACAUUCAAAGACUCACACUGGAGAAACACCUUACCAGUGUGAAAUUUGUUUGAAACGGUUUGGGCAAGCGGGUACGUUGAAACUACAUUUGAGAGUGCACAGUGGAGAGCAGCCUUACAUAUGUGAAGUUUGUUCUAUGAAGUUCAGUGUAGCAAGUAGUUUGAAAAUACAUUUGAGAAGGCACACUGGAGAAAAACCACACAAAUGUGAGACUUGUUUUAAUCAGUUUACUACUAGAAGCCAGCUGAAGAUACAUUUGAGAACACAUACUGGAGAAAAACCUUACCAGUGUGAAACUUGUUCAAAGCAGUUUAGUACUACGUCUUAUUUGAAUGAGCAUUUAAAAACCCACACUGGAGAAAAGCCGUUCAUGUGUGAAACGUGUUUAAAGCAGUUUAUUAGUGCAACUCAUUUGACUAGACAUAUAAAAACACACACUGGAGAGAAACCUUACAAGUGUGAAAUGUGUUUAAAACAGUUUAGUGAAGCAAGUACUUUGAAAACACAUUUGAGAGUGCACACUGGAGAAAAACCUUAUACUUGUGAAAUUUGUUUUAAGCAGUUUAAUCAGAGUAGUAGUUUGAAAACACACUUGAGAAUGCACACUAGAGAAAACCCUUAGAAAUGUAAAAUGUGUUUUAUUACUAGAGGAGCGCGCGUACGCGCGCCAAUGAUGAAUAUAAAAUGCUUUUGUCACCUCUGAAGAAGGUCAUUUUGAACAUUUGUUAUAGCUUUGCGCCUAGUUUAAAUCUUAUUAGUGUUAUUUUCUGUUAUUGUUCUAAUUUAGUAUUAUUGUAUUAGAUCGUUCUUGAUAAUGUACAUAUUAAAGAAAUGAAAAAUA